AUGGAGUCUUCGCUUGCACCGUCGGGGGAGCGGCCCGAUGUAUCGGGCUGCGCGCAGGCGUCGCUUAAGCCAUUUGCAAAGCUUAGACUGUGGAUCUUUCAGAUCAGCUGUCGUGCCUAUGAAGUGGGACGCGAGGGGAGGCGGCGACACUCGGAAGAGGGGCUGAGCCGCCAUCUCGCCCCGAAGGUGCUCUUCCGGGUGUGCUUGACGGGAAGAGAAAGCGGUGGGGGCCGCGGGACGUGUGCGGCAAGCGAAGAGCCGUUGCGCUGCCCUGAGGCCCUGCUCAGGUCAAUGCAUUCCCCCACCGGCGCAACGGAGGUUGACGGGGCCAUGUAUGAAUUUAUGAUUUGCGCCUCCCAAUACCUUCGGGCCGCAUGUGCGUUCUUGGAAGCCGCAAGACAAGCCGAGGCACGAGGCGGGGAAGGUGGCAAUCAUGGAAGGCGAGGAGUGCUCAAUUCCCCAGCCUCGAAUGAUGACGCCGAUGGGGGUUUUCCCUACUCCUCCUCUAGUGGUAUAGACGCUUCUGGACGCGCCGAACACCUUGGAUCCUGCCAGCAUUCGCCGUCUCCAGAAACCGCAUUGCCGUUCCCGCCAGGUGGUGCCCCCCUGUACAGCAGUGAGGAUGGCACAAGCGCGCCUGCUGGUGGUCGCACUCGCCGCGUUGGUGUUUGCGGCGACGAAUGCGCAGUUGCCAGUGUUCAAGAAGCCCGAGCGAUGCUUCAAAUUGUUAUGGGGACUGCCUUUUCAUGCCCAAGCGAGGCCCUUGCCAAGGCGUUGCAGCUGAUUAUUGCUCGGGAACUGGAACAAGCCUUGCGUCCCUUUGAGGCAUGCUGUGGAGUUUUGAGGUUUCUUUCCCCACUUGACACGAUGCCACGAGCCGUGCUUGCGGAGAGAAGACGCGACGAAGAGUCUGGCUAUCUUUACUUUCUAAAUGGCACGCAGACAACAUCCAGCUUAGCGGAGGCGUUGAUGUCCUCUGCCGAGGCCGCAGAGAGGAUACAAUGGUUUACGGCGCCCUCUUCGGCGGCGGCGUUGCCAACUUUGAUGCUCUCCCUCACCGGGGGUUUGGUGGAGCUGCUGGAGGAGCUGCGGCAGGCAGGCGACUCAACGGCAGAGCCAGCGGCGGCGGCGCUAGCGACAAAACCUUCCUUGUCAGACCCUGAAAAAUCCUUGCCGAGGCCAUCCUUGAGCCGCAGACGGGCUGGAGGUUCCUCGAGUAACAGGAACUUCAGCGGCAUUCUUUCGGAGAAGGAGCUAUCAAGUGCCGAGGAGGGGACGGCAGCAGCUGCGUCGAAGCAAACGGCAUGGGAUGCGUUGUGUCGGUGUUGUCUUGCCAUUCCAAAUUCUGUGCUCACGGAUAGGCUCGACUUGCUGUACCGAAUAUUCUUCAAAAUGGGCGAGGUUCCACACUAUUAUAAGGCUCUCUCCAUCUAUCCAGACAUCUUGCGGGCACACCAUGCCACAUUUCAGUACAUAUUCUUUGAGGAAGGUCCACUCCCCAUCUGCGAACGUUUGAUGAUUGCUUUGAUGGCAGCCAGUCGUCAGAAGUGCGAGUACCUUUUUUCUCGUUUUGCUGCUCUUUUAUUACACUUUGCUGAAAAACAGCAAUCGAGUGAGUUCGUUGCGGACACUUGGCUGCUGCAAGGCCCACCGCCAAGGCUGCAGGCGCUUCAACGCUUUAUAGGUAUUGCCACUCAUGUCCCCUGGCAGAUGACACUGAAUGACAUUCGUGGAGCCAUGAACGCUGGCUGGAGCAUACCUGGUCUUAUCCAGGCAUCCUGCAUUGUGGCGGAAACGCUUUCCUUGUGUAGUUUUGUUAUGGGACUUUUCGUGCCCAACGACAUAUGGGUGUCAAUAACACUUCCCCCCUCUCUGCGUGCCGCUCUUUCCUCUAGUCCGGCUCCUGGUGAGGUGCCCCACUAUAAAAGCCGUGUGGAGUUUACGCGGUACACGGGUGUUGACAAUAUUGUGAGUGAGAAUCGGGUAAAAGGCUCAUCCACCAGCCCCUUUACGCUCUCCUGCGGCACCUUUAACUGGCACGAGCACGGCGGCACUGUGAUGGAGCAAUAUUAUCCAGGCGCCGCAACUCUUAUUAACAAUGAGCUCGACGCUUUCUCUUCCGUAAUUCGAACGUUAAACCGCUCGGAUUGCGUUGGUCUUACGACGCCGGAGUACUCGCCGUCGAAUGCAUUUUGGUUCCUGCGUCUGUACGUGCAGAACAUUAUGGGGUUUAUGCCAGAUGAUUAUCCAUACAAUAGUAUCAAUAAAGUUCUUCGUCGCCCAGCCAAGUUGAUCGCUCAAAGUUGUACGAUGCGCCCCGAAACACUGCUAGGUUCUCAAAUGCGCUUGUGGGUUCCGACGGGCGGCGAUUCGGCGUCAGUUUCUAGCGAAUUUCCUGCGGCAACGCAAGCGGCAGUAGAGACUGCGGAGAAGCAGCAACAGCCCGAGUUGGAUAUGACAGAACAAAAACAGCUGCUUAUCGAGUCCCUCACUGCGCACAAGGCGCCAUUUAGGUUAUGCAUGCCGGGGACCGCGACGGGGCCCCGCCCCCAACCUAGUGAGGACGUCUUGGAAGCGGCCUUGCAGCUUCACGAGGAGCGGUUGAUGUUUCUUGUUGUGUUGGCCACGAUGGAGGCGCGCAAGGAGGGGUUGCUGGCGCUCUUGUUGUAUCCGCUUUGGGGACUACUAAAUAAUAUGUAG